AUGAAUCUUCCAAGGUUCCAGCCGAAGCUUGCCGACUUCGGCAUCUCCUGCCAGCUCCAAAACACCUGGGCCCGGAGAAACACGCAGAUUGGCUCGCCCUACUGGAUGGCCCCGGAGGUUAUCAAAGGAGAGGCUUACAAUGCCACGGCGGACAUUUGGUCGCUGGGGAUUACCUGUAUCGAGAUGGCUGACUGUCAUCCUCCGUAUUACCACAUCCCUCCCACACGGGCCAUGUUCGUCAUCAGCACCAAGCCGCCCUCUGGUGGGCGCCUCGAGAAGUUGUGCGAAUUAGGCUCUCGAAGAAUGAGUGCUCUUUCAACAGGCGACUGCGCGGUGCUGGUUCUGACUUCUCCGUAG